AUGAAAAGGAAGCAUAGUAAUUCUGACAACUACAGUGUUAACGAUGUCAUUAGUGAAGAUCGUGGAGAGAAACAUGUGGACGAGCAGAAUGAACAAGAAGAAGAAAGCGAUGAAAGCAGUAGUGACGAACAAAAUGAACCGGUAUAUAGCGUUAGCUUAGGUCGUGCAAAACGAGUGCAUGCAGGCAACAAAAUGGGCGUCUUAUUAGAAUCAGCAGAACACGAAGAUGAAUUUUAUAAAAACAUCUUUGGCGAUUUGAAUGAGAAUAAUGAUGAUGAUCCUGAAUAUGACGAAGAAUCGGAUGAGGAUGUGGUUGAUUCAGAUUUUGAUCGAUCAGAAGAGGAAGAUGAACCUAUUAGUGAUGAGGAAGAAAAGCAGCGAAAAAAGCGGCGAAUUACUUUUAAAGUAUUACUCAGUAAAAUAAAUUCUUUUUUUGAGGAACCAGAGUUCUCGCGAAAAAAGUUAUUAGAACGAAAUAAAAAGUGGAUAAUGGCGAAGAUGAGUGGUCGUUCUGUUGCGGCCAAUCAAGUUAGCCGUGAAACACAGGAAACUGAACGUUUGAACAUUGCAUCACUGCAAAAAUACGAACAAUUUGAAUUGGAAAGAAAGAAGAAACGUGAAAAAGUGAACACCGUUAGAAAGCUAGCACCACCUUACAUAAGUAUUGUUGAUGCUCCGAAUAAAAAGUUUAUGGUCUUACCUGACGUAAAGAAAUUCGAAAAGGCAGAAAGAAAGGUUAAACUUUUAUGUUGUGUAACAUCACGACCGGCCAAAUAUCGCGAUCCUUUAACUGGCCUUCCUUAUGCAAAUAUAGAGGCUUUUAAAAUUAUUCGAGAAAAAUAUAUGGAAUAUUUAAGAACUUUUAAGAAUGAUGAGGAAAUUUCUCAGUGGUUGUCAGAUAUUUCAUGUGCUUGA